UUGAGAGAGAGAGAGAGAGAGAGAGUGUCAGUCCAUGGAGUGCUCAUUGAGAAUGAGAAAAUGAGAGCUCAGAGCUCCUCUUAUCAGUUAUUAUAUAAUAGCUCUAAUGGAGAAGAUGGGUCUCCUCCUAGAGUGAAUGUGAAGAGAACAAUACUCACUGCCCCAAAAAAAUUAUUCCUUUUUUUUUUUUGUCGCCCCCUUUUCAUCUUCUUUUCCCCUGCUUUUUACCCUUUGAGUCUCGCAAGCCGAUGCUGCUGCAAUCAUAGUUUCUACCCAAGAGGAAAGAACAACAAAGGUUUGGCUAUAUUUCCCCCAGCAAAUGCAUGCAAUUGCUUCCUCUCCUUGGAGCUUCCAUGGAUGAAUUGGGGCAGAGACCCCAACAGCAACAAUAAUCAUCACUUCAUUAGUGAAGUGUGAAAAGAAAAGAAGAUUCUUGAUGGGCCUGAAGAUGCAACAGAACCACCACUUGGUGGCAGUGAAGUUGUCCACAACCAGCAGCAGCAACAACAACAAAAGAGGGUACACAUUCAUUCCGGCGAACAGGAGAUGGCUCCCCAAGUUCUUGCUUCUGUGGGUCAUGGUGGUUCUGUUCAUCAGCCUGCUCAUCUACAGAGGAAUGGACGCGGAUGUGAAGGUCAGGAGGAAGGACGUCUUGGUCAGCAUGUGCGAUCAACGAGCCAGAAUGUUGAAGGAUCAGUUCAGUGUCAGUGUUAACCAUGUUCACGCCCUCGCCAUUCUUGUCUCCACCUUCCAUUACUACCGGAACCCUUCUGCCAUUGAUCAGGAAACUUUUGCGGAGUACACGGCAAGGACGGCCUUUGAGCGGCCACUGCUCAGUGGGGUGGCAUACGCUCAGGGAGUAAUUGAUUCAGAGAGAGAGGAAUUUGAGAAGCAGCAAGGGUGGACUAUCAAGACAAUGGAGAGGGAGCCGUCUCCUGUUCGAGAUGAGUAUGCCCCCGUCAUUUUCUCUCAAGAGACAGUCUCCCACAUUGCGUCACUGGAUAUGAUGUCUGGGGAGGAGGACAGGGAGAAUAUUCUGAGGGCGAGGGCUACGGGGAAAUCUGUUCUAACAAGCCCUUUCAGGCUUCUCGGCUCUCACCACUUGGGUGUGGUGCUCACUUUUCCUGUUUACAAGUCGAAGCUCCCCCCUGACCCAACCAUAGAAGAGCGAAUUGCUGCCACUGCAGGAUACAUUGGUGGAGCUUUUGAUGUUGAAUCUCUUGUUGAGAACCUUCUGGGGCAGCUUGAUGGGAAUCAAGCAAUCUUGGUUAAUGUGUAUGAUGUAACUAACUCUUCUGAUCCCCUCAUCAUGUACGGUCAUCGGAAUCCUGAAGGCGACAUGUCCCUUAUACAUGAGAGCAAGCUCGACUUCGGUGACCCGUUCAGGAAACAUCUAAUGAUUUGUAGAUAUCAUGAGAAGGCUCCGACAUCAUGGACUGCUCUCACCACCGCAUUUCUAUUUUUCGUCAUUGGACUUUUAGUGGGUUACAUCUUAUAUGGUGCGGCGACUCACAUUGUUAAAGUGGAAGAUGGUUAUCAUGAGAUGGAGGAAUUAAAAGUUCGAGCUGAAGCUGCCGAUAUUGCUAAAUCUCAAUUUCUUGCUACUGUUUCCCAUGAGAUCAGAACCCCCAUGAACGGCAUUCUUGGAAUGCUUGCCCUACUUCUGGACACGGAAUUGAGUUCAACUCAGCGAGACUAUGCUCAAACGGCUCAAGUUUGUGGGAAGGCACUGAUAGCCUUAAUAAAUGAGGUGCUUGACCGAGCUAAAAUUGAAGCGGGCAAGCUGGAACUUGAAAUGGUCCCGUUUGAAAUCCGCUCGAUUCUAGAUGAUGUUCUUUCUCUAUUCUCUGAGAAAUCCCGACACAAAGGCAUUGAGCUUGCUGUAUACGUCUCUGACAAAGUUCCAGAGAUUGUCAACGGAGAUCCUGGAAGAUUUAGGCAGAUAAUCACCAAUCUUGUCGGCAAUUCGGUUAAAUUCACAGAGAGGGGGCACGUAUUUGUUAAAGUCCAUCUAUUGGAGCAAGUAAAACCCCUGGCAAAUUCACAGACCUGUCUAAACGGGCUGGCAGGGGAAAAUAGGCCAAUUUCAGGGACCACUAGUUUCAAAACAUUGAGUGGCUCUGAAGCAGCUGAUGAGAGAAAUAGUUGGGAGUCCUUCAAGCAUUUGCUCGCCGAAGACGAUCAAUUCGACUCGUUGGAUGAUAGGGCAUCCUUUAAUGAUGGGAUGGUCACGCUGAUGGUAUGCGUAGAGGAUACAGGAAUUGGGAUCCCCUUGUCUGCCCAGGAACGUGUAUUUAUGCCCUUUAUGCAGGCUGACAGCUCGACUUCUAGGAAUUAUGGUGGAACCGGGAUUGGGCUUAGCAUCAGCAAGUGCCUUGUUAAACUUAUGGGUGGGCAGAUAAGCUUUGUAAGCCGGCCUCAAAUAGGAAGCACAUUCUCGUUCACAGCGGACUUCGGGAGGUGUCCUAACAAAGUCGAGCUCAACAAUGGAAAGAAACAUAUUUCCGAAGAUCUGCCUUCUAGUUUCAGAGGGUUGAAGGCGAUAGUAAUUGAUGGUAAACCUGUGAGAGCAGCAGUCACAAGGUACCAUCUGAAGAGACUUGGGAUCAAUGCAGAGGUUGCAAGCAGCACCAGCACAGUGGCAGCAGUGAAUGGCAAGAAUGGGUCUUUGAAAGCUGGAUAUGGAAGUCCAAGUGUAAUUUUAGUCGAGAAAGACUCGUGGCUGUUAUCGGGUGAGGAUAAUUGCCCGAAUCUCCCUGCUUUAGAUUGGAAGCAAAAUGGCAACGGUAUGGUUAAGAUUCCGAAAGUCCUCCUAGCGACUAAAAUAUCGGCCACAGAGUUUGAAAAGACAAAAGCUUCAGGUUUUGCUGACACUGUCAUUAUGAAGCCGCUGAGGGCAAGCAUGAUUGCUGCAUGUCUUCAGCAAGUUCUGGGCAUUGGGAGGAAGAAGCCGCAGGGAAAAGACACUCCUAACGGGACUUGUUAUCUUAAGAGCCUCCUCACAGGGAAGAAAAUUUUGGUGGUUGACGACAACAAGGUAAAUUUAAGAGUCACUGCAGGAGCUCUAAAGAAGUUUGGUGCCCAUGUCGAGUGUGUGGAGAGCGGGAAGGUUGCGCUGACGAGGCUUCAACUGCCACACAGUUUUGAUGCGUGCUUCAUGGACAUUCAGAUGCCUGAGAUGGAUGGGUUUGAGGUGACUCGUAAGAUCAGGCUGAUGGAGAGAGAGGCAAAUGAGCAGAUGAAGGACGGGACAAGGCCCACAAACAUUCGAGAGUGGCACAUCCCUGUACUAGCCAUGACAGCAGAUGUGAUCCACGCCACGUACGAGGAGUGCCUCAAGUGCGGGAUGGAUGGGUAUGUCUCCAAGCCUUUUGAGGAGGAGAAUCUAUACCAGGCCGUCUCAAAGUUCUUCCAGACUGACCCCGUCUGAGACACAGCUGGAUUGGAGUUUUUCAGUAGCACUGGCAGUUAUGCAUCAAACCUGGCUCGAGGAUCAUUUCUAACUGACUAAAAAUAGAGAUGUUAAUUUGCUCGACUAGCAAAUUUUUCCUCGUAUAUUUGUAUACAACUUUCAAGGAGGCAUGUGUCCCACUUGCUGCAGAUCUGAAGGGGACCAAGCCUUAAAGGGUGUAAAUGUCAAAAUCUCUACCAAUGUUAUCUCCUCUACUCGGCAUCCGUCAUGUGAUGAUAUAAACACACAUGAUAUAAACCCUUUUUUUUCUUCUGACGGGCGAAACGAUUCUGUAA